CACAAUUUAUAAACCAGUUUAUUAAUUUACAGGUGAAAAAUUUAUCACACUUUAAACUGCACAUCACACAACUAGAAACAGGUAAAUGGAUUGCAAUAUUAAAACCUGUCUUCUUUUCAUCUGGUUAUUUUCUCUUGCUCCAGAGUUACUGAAAGGUGAAGAACCGUGUGUGCGUAAGUUGAGAAACGGUCGUCUGAUAUCGGAAGGAUCCUGCCAGAAUCCAAAUGCGGAUGAUAUCAUCAAACAACUACGACAAAAUGUAUACAAAAAAACAACUUGGUAUCCAGCAAUCAAUGGCUUUUCAUAUAAGCUGUUCCGUGAGGGAGUGACAUACGGAAAUGCCCAAUUGGAGUGCAAGAAACAUGGCGCAGGUCUCGCUUCGGCUGGAAUCCGGAAUCGUACAGUUUUCAGUGAAAUAAUGCCACUGAUCAAAGUAUCGGGACUCGGCACUUGGAUUGGUUUGGAUGACAUUCAACAAGAAGGCGAGUUUGUUUGGCAAGACGGGGUAACUUCAACUGAGAAAAAUACCUAUUGGGGGAACACGAUUCAACCGGACAACUCUGGGAACGAGGAUUGCGUACAUUUACAACCACACGCUCCAUGGAACCUAAAUGACUUGUCUUGUUCCACACCCUUGCAGUUUUUGUGCGAAAAGUGAAAUUGAUUGUUUUAGUCUUCAACCACAACUGUCUUUGUCCACAAAUUUACUUUCAACAACAGAAUAAGGCGGCAAUUUCCACAAUAGACAUAUAUUCACAAGUUAGUUUGCAAGAAUCUAGGAAGCUGUAAUGACUCAUAUAAUUGAGACCAUAUACAUGAGAUAAUAAUUCUUCAAAAUUUAAUGACCAAUACACAUGCAUUGUGGUGCAUUUUUUGCCCGACAUAAUUUCGAACUCGACUAAGAAGUGGUUAUAUUUAGUAAUGCAGUAUCCAACCGUUUUGUACGACGUGGAUCACUUCCAACAUGACGUUAUUCGAAAUAUGAAGCUAUAUUUCCAUAAUUGAUACAUUGCUUUGUCUUUGAUGGUGAUUAGCCUACAUAUGUGCGUGUAUUUACUUGUUUUUAAUCUUCCCCGCUUCUGUUCGUUGCACUGUUUAUAUGAGGUUAUGUGAAUUAUAGCAUCUAAUUAAUGUAUAAAAUAAA